GCCUUAAGAUAAGGAGAGAACGGGGUGAAACCUGGAUGACGUAUCCUAUCAACACCGUGCGAAAGUUCAUCAUCAAUAAUCUCAUUUUGCUUUAGGCUUGCACUAUAUGCACUGCUCGACAGACGCGGAACUGAUCAUAAAGUUUUAUGUUUGAUUGAAUGUGUUUUUGACGUCUGAAGCACGCGCGUAAUGAAGCGCUCGUGAUCAGCUGCUUCCUCUCAUGGGCAAAGUUUCGUUUACUUCGCGAUAAAUUUUUACGCGCAAUACGAACACUGUAACUACUUUUACACUUGACAGCACGGACUUGUUAUUGAACCUGUAAGAAGAUUAAAGUCAUGACGGGCCGAGAAGACGAAUACGACUAUCUCUUUAAAGUGGUGCUGAUCGGUGACUCGGGUGUGGGCAAGAGUAACCUGCUCUCUCGCUUUACCCGCAAUGAGUUUAACCUGGAGAGCAAGAGCACCAUCGGGGUGGAGUUUGCCACACGCAGCAUCCAUGUGGAGGGCAAGACCAUCAAAGCCCAGAUCUGGGAUACAGCCGGACAGGAGAGAUACAGAGCCAUUACAUCAGCGUAUUACAGAGGUGCCGUCGGCGCCCUGCUGGUGUAUGACAUCGCCAAACAUCUGACCUACGAGAACGCAGAGCGCUGGCUGAAGGAGCUGCAGGAUCAUGCCGACAGCAAUAUUGUCAUCAUGUUAGUUGGGAAUAAGAGUGACCUGCGCCAUCUGAGGGCCGUGCCGAUGGAUGAAUCCAAAGCGUUUGCAGAGAAGCACGGGCUUUCAUUUCUGGAGACAUCCGCUCUGGACUCUUCUAAUGUCGAACUUGCCUUUCAGACCAUUCUCACAGAAAUCCAUCGUAUCGUCUCCCAGAGGCAGAUGUCAGGGCGUGGUGAUUCCGACUUCUCGCCCAACUCCAAAGUGGUACCCAUCACUGUACAGCCGACGCAGAAUUCCGGCAAACAGGGCUGCUGUCAAAAUAACUAAGCCGCCACAGCGCCACCACAGGGUUUGGGGAAAUUUGGAAAUUUUUGAGCAGGCUGUUGUUGGGCUGGGCAUAAAGACAGGCCGUGCUCGUGUCUGACCGACUGUUGUGUGCCCUCUGCGUGGCGUGGGUAGCAUAUGUAACACACCUCUACUUGGUUAUGCCCAGAACGAGCAAGUAAUAAGCUUCAAACUUGGAAGAGCUAUAGAUGUUGAAAUUGAAUGGAUCAAGCAUUUUUUUUUUACUGAGCUUUGCUUUUUGUUUCAGACUAAAUAGAACCGGGCAGUUAGCUGGGGCGCUCAGACGUGACCGCUCUUAUUUUUCUGCACUUCAGUCUGCUUACAAAUGAGCAGAAACAAUUUCACCAAAUAUUUUUUUAGAAUGUGUAUUACUACUUUUAAAUAUAAAUUGUUAAAAGGUUUUCAUAAAAAAGGGGAAUUUGUUCAACGUUGUGUUUUUCUUUAGUUUACCGCCACUCAAAUGACAUCUUAUCGCACAUCUCUGAACCGGGAAGAUUCAAAACUGAGGUCACCCUAGACACAUUUAGUUCAUUCCUGUGCACACGGUUAGUCCUGUAACAGCUCUUCUGUAUUUAUUGAAUGCAAAUAUAAUCUUGAUAUUCUG